UUCUUGUUCUUCCCUUUCUCUCUCUUCCCGCUAUUUUUUUUUCCCUUUUCCCAAUUUCAGAUCUCAUCUUUUUCCACUCAAUUCUCCUUUUUUUCCCAUCAAUUCUCACUUUUUUGACAAACCCCUUAUGCCUAAAACUUCAAGAAUCGAAAAGGGUUUUCAAUUUUAUCUCUUGUUUUGUCACUGAAAACAAAAAGAUCGAUUUUUUUGGGAAUUUUGGGAGUUUUUAGCAGGUGGGGUUGUUUAAAAACGAAGGUUUUAGCAGAUCAUGAAACCCCAACAGCAGCAGCAGCAGCAACAAUCUUUGAAGCGUCAGCUUCAGUUUUCGUCGAUUAAACCGGUAUUUGGUGACUACCACCGGUUUUCCACAGAACCAGUUGAUUGUUCCACUCAAGAACCCCCUGGAAUUGUUGUGAAGACUCCGCCACUGAAGCGGAAGAGUGCAGCAGCAAAUUAUGGACAGGUGGUUGGUGACCGGAAUCCAGCUUGUGGAUAUGCUAAUGUCAACAGUCCUUUACAAACGACACCAGUAUCUGGAAAAGAUGCACAGAAAGUUCCUAGGACUUCAAAGGCCAGAUCUGCUUCUCAAGCUGUUACCUCCAAUGUUGGAUCCCCUUCAGGCAAUAAUGUUACUCCAGUUGGUCCUUGUCGAUAUGAUAGCUCCCUGGGUCUUCUAACGAAAAAGUUCAUCAAUCUAAUCAAACAUGCAGAAGACGGUAUGCUUGAUCUAAAUAAAGCUGCUGAUACAUUAGAGGUGCAGAAAAGGCGUAUAUAUGAUAUCACAAAUGUCCUGGAAGGCAUUGGGCUGAUAGAAAAGAAACUCAAGAACAGGAUCCAGUGGAAGGGUCAAGGUGUCUCGAAACCAGGAGAAGCUGACGAGAGUGUUGCAAGUUUACAGGCAGAAGUGGAUAAGUUGACGAUUGAAGAGCAUAGAUUAGAUGACCAGAUAAGAGAAAUGCAGGAAAGUUUAAGGGACCUAAGUGAAGAUGAAAAUAAUCAAAGAUGGCUUUUCGUCACUGAAGACGAUAUCAAGAGCUUACCUUGUUUCCAGAAUGAAACAUUGAUAGCAAUUAAAGCUCCACAUGGCACCACUUUAGAAGUCCCAGACCCUGACGAGGCUGUUGAUUAUCCACAAAGGAGAUACAGAAUAGUGUUACGGAGCACCAUGGGCCCCAUUGAUGUUUACCUAGUCAGUCAAUUUGAGGAGAAGUUUGAGGAGGUAAAUGCUGUUGAGGCACCCCCAAGUGUGCCUUCAACGUCAGGUCUGAAUGAGAAUGAAACUCCAACAUUGGCUACUGAGGAGAAUGAAGAAGUUGAUAUUGGCAUGGAGGGAAAAGAAAAUCAAAGUGUGCGCUCAGAAGUUGGCACUUCACAGGACUUUAUGACUGGAAUAAUGAAGAUUGUUCCAGAUGUUGAUAACGAAGCAGAUUACUGGCUUUUGUCAGAUGCAGAUGUUAGCAUCACUGACAUGUGGAGGACAGAAUCUGCUAUUGACUGGAACGAGUUGGAUGUAAUUCAAGAAGAUUAUUCAAUCGCUAAUGUCAGUACCCCAAGAGCCCAAACUCCGCCACCUGCUACAACUGAAGUACCUUCUGCAGCUAAUACUUCCGGGUGCUAAAUGGUAUUUGCUGGUGCUUGUGUGGAUGCUGUCGUUUAGUUUUCUAAAAGAUGAAUGGUCGCUCCAUUUGCCGGAUGAUGCUUAUAUAUUAUUGGUUGAACAAAAGCUUCUACAUUAGAUUCAUUCCCCUGUACAUCCAUUUCAACUCUAUAAAGGAAAGAACAAGUGCAUCCAGGGCUGUUGCAUUUGAGGCUCAAGAUAUUGCAAGACUCGAGCCGAUUGUUCAUUGUACAGUUUAGAUAUACUUAGAUUGCACUUGUAAUAGCAACAGUCAGUAGGUUAAGCUGUCGAUAUCUUGCCUCGUGUAUCGUCUAGCUCAUUGCUUUCUAUGAUCUUAGCUCUAACAAUAUAAUUAGGUUGAUGCUUUAGCCUAGAUUAUUCUCAUACUUUAGGACAAGUUUUAUUUAGUUGCUGCAGUUCUUUUUACAUUUGAAUGUGUCUGGAGUUUGCUUUUCUGCUAUUCAAGUUCUCGAAUUGCAUCUAUUGAGAAAGGGUGACUUGGAGCAAA